UAUCAUGAUACCAAUUAAGAUACCAAUUACCAAUGAUGCCAAACGUCAAUGAAUGGGAAUCAUUGGGAAUUUAUUAGAUUAAAAUAACAACACCGAUACUUCGUUGGAAUUUUCAGAUUUUACUUUAAUCGAUUAUCGGGAAUGAAUCAUAAAUAGAUCGUAGUUGUAUGUUUUUGUCUACAAGAAUAUUCUACCAGUGUCUUAAUAUAUUUUACAUUAACUGGUUUGAAAAAUAGAGAUGUCCAGUGACAUACGGUUCACAAGCAACGUAAAAACGUCCAACAAUUCUGAUGAUGAUGAAGAUUUUGAUAGUAGAGCUUCUCCCAUGAGCUAUAAGGAACGUAGAAGAGAAGCCCAUACUCAAGCGGAGCAAAAGCGAAGAGAUGCUAUAAAGAAGGGUUAUGAUAAUUUGCAGGAAUUGGUUCCAACAUGCCAACAAACUGAUGUCUCAGGUUAUAAACCCAGCAAAGCAAUUAUUCUCCAACGAUCUAUAGACUAUAUUCAAUACCUUCAGUUGCAGAAGAAGAAACAAGAGGAGGAACGCAAUGCUUUGAGAAAAGAAGUGGUGGCUUUGCGUAUAAUGCAAACAAACUAUGAGCAAAUUGUAAGAGCGCAACAGUCCCAGCCUGGUCAUUCUAAAACACAAAUAUCUGACGAAGUAAAAUUUUCGGUGUUCCAAUUCAUUUUGGAUCAACUCUUCAUAACCUUCUGUGGUGUUUCAUCGAACAAUUUUUCAGAGCUCUCAGCCGGAGUUUUUAGUUGGCUGGAGGAAUGCUGCAAGCCCCAGACUUUGAAAGACACAGUGUUUCAAGUCUUACGUAGACAUAAUACUCAGAUGAGGGGUUAAACACUUUUUUAAAG